GCUGAUUUCACAGACAUUCCGAUAUUGGUAGCUUCUUUGAUGCUGGUUGAAACUUCAAAGGAGUUCUUUCUUGAUCGGGGAAGCUUGGGCAAUAAGUUCGACACCAAGAUGACCCACGUCAUUAUUUGCAAGUGCCAGGGCAAUAACAACGCUGAAACGCCUUUAAGUCACCAGUUCUCCAUGAACCGGAGAGUGUCAUAGCGAUCGAGCCGGAGAUGUGAAAGGUAGCUUCAAGAACGCUGAUCUUCCAGGCAAUUACACACAACUACUGUACUACUACUCGAGUAGUAGCUAAUAGUGGUCAAGCAACUAUUGCUUGCCUUCGAUUUAUUUGUCUUGUCUCUCAACAAUAACACCACCACCGCAGCUACACUAACCUUUCUCACAAUUAUUCAUCCCCCUUGUCACUAGCAGCCACGGUGCUCUUUCUUUGCUCUUCCUCUCUCUCCCUCAUUCAUUUGUCUACACCGAACCGAGAAGUCAAAAUGGCGUCCAACCCAAAUCACCAAACCGUUCAUCUGAACAACCGCGGAGUUGCCUACCUCGAGAAGGGUCACUUGCACAAGUCCUUUAACCUCUUUCGCGAUGCUCUACGAAGCACCAUGAACCAACUGCGCGACACGACUGCUCAAGAAGCCGCACAGCCUACACCCAGCAGCAGCUCUGCAGCCGAAGGAACCAAGCUCUGGAGGGUCAAGGGCAUGAAGGCCUUUGCCAACUCCAAAGCUCCCUCCAAUCGACGUGUGUUGGGUCCGAGCGACUUUAUGUUCUCACAGGGCGUCACCCUCAUGGAGGAAGCUGGCGCGUACUCAUCGAACCACAUGGUCGAUGUCACUGUACGGUCGUCCAUUGUACUCUUCAAUUUGGCUCUGAUCCACCACAUCAAGGGACUCACCGAGAGCAACUCCAAGUACCUCAUCAAGGCCGAGUCGUUCUACAUUCGCAGUCACAAACUCUUGGUCGACACAGGAUUGGAGCUUGGUCGAUGUGGAAACCCCGUCAUCGACUUUGUCUCCAUGGCUCUCUUGAACAACGCUGCUCAAGUGGGUCGCGAACUCUGCCACUCCGAGUUGUCCCAGCAACAGUUCCGUCAGCUCAUGCAGAUUGCAACGCAAAUCAACGCCGCCAGUUACGGCGAAUCGUCCAUUGCUCAAUUCAUGGAAGAAACCAAGAACGACUUUCUACUCAAUGCCAUUGUUCUUUGCGAUCAGAGUCGAGCUGCUGCUGCUUAGCUAAUUGCUAUAAAAGCAUGACAGGCAGUCCCCCUUUUUGUUGAUGUUUUCACACCACCACCCUCACAACAGUUGCCAACAGACACACAAACAAACAAUCCCGCCUCCUCAUCGAACGAUCUGCAGAAACCGCAUCCGACCACAGCCCGCUAUCAUACUACUGUUCUUUGCUUUGUUGUAUCAAAGACGCACGCAUUCAUACAUGAAUAAGACUACAUAAUAUUACUAGUACCAGUACAUACUACUUCC